AUGUACUUUGGAUGUGUGUGCUUCCUUAACGUGUCGCUGAACUCGAAUUUACUCAUCGAAGUAGCUAUUCAAGUAGAUAUUUUGAGACAGAAGACGAUAACCUCUGAAGGUAAUGUCUUUUCGUCAUGGAAGGUGGAUUCCCAAAUGAUGCUGUCCUCAGCAAAGUGCAAAUUGCAUACUCGGGUGUUUUUUGUAACCACUAAAUCACUACGAGGGAUUGCAUUGUGCCAUCUUUUACGACAGUUUUCAUUCAACGGAAACGAAAAUACCAUGGCAAGAAGAGUCCAACAUCUCCAACAUAUUGCGCUAAUGGCAUAUUUCGGCUGUGAAAUACUUAUACUGUGUACAGGGCUAUUUCGGCUAACAGCAGGUAUUUCUGUUGCUGAUCUAGGAUUUAUGUUACCACUAGUAGCUGCAAUGGCUCAGAUGCUGUAUAUCAACUGCUUGUAUGGAAGUGAAAUAAUAUACAGGUGACCACAUAGCGUACUCAAUAUUCAGCACCAACUGGGUAGGGGUAGAUUUACGUUUACAGAAGAUAAUCCUCAUAUUUAUGAUGUUCGCCAAAUAUCC